UAAAAAAUUUAAUUUGUUUGUGAGUCAAAGUAUGGAAUCAUCCAAGAUUCGGGCAGUCUGAAUCAGUUAAUAGUACAACUCAUUCCUGGCAGUCUCGUAAUAAUAAAUAGAAAUAGUUGUGACUUGUAAUUGACCAAGCGCAAGGGAAGGCAUGGCUGCUUCCAACUCGCAUAGCCCUCGCACCGUUGAAGAGAUCUUCAAAGACUUCUCCGCCCGUCACUCCGCCGUCCUCCGUGCCCUCACCAACGAUGUGGAGGAUUUUUACUCACAGUGCGAUCCAGAGAGAGACAACUUGUGUUUGUAUGGACAUCCAAAUGACUCUUGGGAAGUUGCUGUCCCUGCUGAGGAAGUUCCCCCUGAGUUACCCGAACCGGUUUUAGGUAUCAAUUUUGCAAGGGAUGGGAUGGAGCGAAGAGAUUGGUUGUCUUUGGUUGCUAUGCACACUGAUUCUUGGCUCCUCUCUGUCGCUUUCUACUUUGGUGCUCGCCUUAACAGAAACGAAAGGAGUCGUAUGUUUACCCUGAUAAAUGAUCUGCCCACUGUCUUUGAAGUCGUGACAGGGAGGAAGCCUUUGAAGGACAAGCCUAGUGUUGAUAGUGGAAAGAAAACAAAGAACAACGCAAAGUUUGGUUACGUGCUUACUUGCAGAGAGAAAAACAAACUAAAGCAAAUCAAAGGCUACAUGAGGAGAGUGAUGAUGAGGAUGAAGGGAAGGAAGAAGAGCACGAAGAAACUCUAUGUGGAAGUUGUGGAACAAAUGGCAACGAAGACGAGUUCUGGAUUGGCUGUGAUAUAUGUGAAAGGUGGUAUCAUGGCAAGUGCGUGAAAAUAACACCUGCAAAGGCUCAAAGUAUCAAGGAAUACAGAUGUCCCUCUUGCAGCAAUAAAAGGGCAAAACAUAUCUAGGAAGUGUUGAGUCAUGUUAGCAUAAACUAAAGGGUGCGUAAUCUGCAGAUGACCCCCCUGACCUGCACAACUCCCAUUCUGCAGCCCCUUACUGUGUCUUACAUAUACUCUGCAGCCCCUUACUGUGUCUUACAUAUACUCUUGUCUCCUUUUUUUCCUUUUCUUAAAAGUGUUUUCUGUUUCUUGUUAGUUUACAGAUGUAGCUUUAUAUCAGGAGUGAUAAAAUCAAGUUCCUUGUAACAGUUGGCAUGUUUAGUUCCUUUUUCGUACAACUCUUCGAUUGAAAAAUGCUGUUUUCUUCCUUAUUUUCA